GGCAAUAAGUACAAUGCCACGAAUAAACAUGGCCAGACUGCAUGUGGCAAUAAGCUUAAUCGCCUUUUCCCUUGGAAUUUCUGGUUUUCUUAUGCCUGAUUUGGAAAGCGUGCAUCUGUACGUGAGUGUCUCCGGCAGUGACCAGAACUCAGGACGGGACGUAGGCCACGCAUUAAAGACUAUUCAGGCCGCCAUUUCACGUCUCUCUCAUCCAGACGUCACAGGAAAAAAUGUAUUUAUAGAACUUAUGCAAGGAUAUCAUGACCUGACGUCAACUGUUAACAUACGUCACAGUGACGCGAGGAAGGUGACCAUCCGGGCCAAUGGUAACAGUGAAGUGCACGUGACAGGCGGGAAAAGAUUGCCUACGUCGUUAUUUAAACAUGUCACUGAUUCUGGUAUCCUCCGCCACCUUCAAAACGAAGCACGGAACAAAGUAGUUGCAGCUCGUCUGUCGGACGCUGGUCUGUCCCAUCUAUGGGACCUAUCCGACUACGGAUUCUACAAGGAUCGCACCGCUCCCAUGGAGAUAUUUUACAAUGGCGCCCCAUUAAGGAUGGCCAGAUGGCCGAACGAGGGUCAAGGCUAUAUCAAUAUUGCAUCACUUGUGGACGGUAAGACUGGGUCAAGUUUCACCUUCUCUGGGGACAGAGCCAGUCAUUGGAGCCAGGAGUCGGACUUAUGGGCUCAUGGAUUCUGGUACUGGAGCUGGGCAGAUCGCUCUAUCAAAGUAAAAUCUAUCACGGCAUCCAACAACACCAUUACCCUGGCCCAUCCUCCACCUUUCGGACUGAGGACGGGUCAUUUUCAUUAUGGUCAGAAUUACCAAUACAGUUAUCAAGAUCAAGGCGGCUACUUCCGGAUAAUCAACGCCCUCUCUGAACUAGACGAGCCAGGUGAGUACUACAUCGACAGGACAUCCGGGAUACUCUACAUGUGGCCGCCCUCACAAACUGAAGGUCUGGAUCAACAUGACGUUAUAUACGCCUCAGACUUAGCGCACUGCUUCAAUCUAGACCACACUUCUAACGUGAUAUUUGAAGGGUUCACGCUGGAGGCCUGUCGCCACUAUGGCAUCUCUGUACGGUAUGGACAAAACAUCACUGUCCAGAGGAUGGAAGUGCGGAAUACAGGUUCGUACGGAAUUUCCUGUCUUAAUUGCCUGAAUGUGAAUAUAACCGGAUGUGACGUCCACCACGGGGAUGGUGGUAUCAAAGUAUCGGGUGGUAUCAGAGCGACAUUAACACCCUCCCGGAUAUCGGUGGAUAACAAUAUCAUCCACAGCUUCAGCAGGGAAACAGCAGUCGGGUCCAACGCUAUCAGCGCCGACGGCGUAGGAAUAUACAUGGCGCACAACGAACUACACACCGGCCAGUACACCGCCAUCAGAUGGAGCGGAAAUGAUCACGUGAUGGAGUAUAACCAUGUCCACCACCUCUGUCAAAACGCCACCGAUUGUGGAGCACUGCACACGGGGCGUGACUGGACGGGGAGAGGGUGUGUGGUUCGAUACAACCACGUGCAUCAUGUCCUCCGCCUCCACCCCGGGGCCGAUGUGCGGGGGGUCAUGUUGGACGAUCAGUAUUCCAGUGUCAACAUUUACAGCAAUGUAUUCUAUAACAAUGACGUACACGUCAACAUAGGAGGCGGACGUGACAACAUUAUUCAAAACAAUGUGUUUUACGAAGCAGCCAAGUCGUCCAUGCAAGUAGAUUCUAGAGGAGUUCCUCAUAGCAGUAACGAACAACCGUUACAGAAAAAACUGCACGCUGUGCCGUACACGAGUGCAUUGUGGGCCAAGCGUUAUCCCAAGCUAGCCGUCAUAGACUCGAAUGCACCUGACGAACCACGAGGAAAUGAAAUUUCGAGGAACAUUUUCUACAAUUCGGCAGCCCCAGACUUUGUGGGAUCGUACACUAACACGCAUUGGUUUAAUAUCACAAUGAAUCACCAGGCUGCAGGUCCGACAGACUUUUUUGACCCCGCACAGGCCGACUUCCGACCCCGCUGUUCACUCUCGAAAUUUGCACAAUCCAUCCACUUUCCGGACCCUGUUCCUCUGCAUGAUGUCGGCCCGAGGGGCGGGAUCGGUCCGAUGUACAAAGGACAUGUUGCAGGUUCCAGACGUGACGUCAUCACUACAAAGCGUGAUGUCCCUGCUCCUUGUACAACACAUGCACCCUCGGCACUUACUCCGAUUACGUCAUACCUUCCGGACGGUUCACACGCGAACACCGUCAAAAACACACCUAACCAAGGUUGUUGGUUUGACGUUGAAAUCUGCCCAAACGAUCAUGGGUUCACGUCGGGCCUUCAGCGAGACGUAGACGGCGAGAAACACCUGAACACAGGCAUUAACGAGUCGGCGUGUCUGGACCGUGUACCCUAUAUGGUGACCCACUGCGGCAGCCAAUCAAAAUUCUCCGUCAUCUACGGUCCUACAGGUGCCAUGACGCUGGGAGGAUUCGGGUGCUACUUCGCCCAGUACGGCUGUCCUAAGCACGGAUCUUACCAUGUUGGUUUUAUACGCGACAAGUGGGCUGAACAACACCAGAACGCUGCUCAUGACGAGAACGCAUGUUUGUCACGUGCUCUUGCAGAGUGGAGGUAUUGCGGAUCGGAUGAAACCUUCCCCUACACCAGCAUUUAUCUUCCAACAGGACGACGAAAAACUGCUGCUGGUGGAUGUUGGAUUUAUGUAACAAAAUGUCCUGCAGAUCCAACUGUUAACAUCCCACACGAUCUAUUCUUUGACGCCUGGGGAGCUACCAACGUCGGUUCAGACCGGAGUUCGACAGCAUGUUUCCAGAGGGCGGACGAUUUCUGGUUUAGAUGUGGAAGACAUACAGACGCACCCGUGACAGCCUUCUACCGACCAGAAGCAAACUCCAGGACCGUUCCUUGACAUGACAGCGUUCUAUCGACCAGGACUAAUCUCUCUAAUAAAGCCUAAAUAAACACAAUAUCUUAACAAGCAUGAGUCGAAAUUAAAGAAUUCAUUAUUAUACAAAA